GCCCAUAAAACAGAGAACGGCUGACAGCAGAUUCAAGUCUUUAUAUUCCUCUGCUUCAUUUCAAAUCACUUGCUUAUUUCAUCAUGACCGUCAAUAGAAAGUGUGUCUUUGACUUCUGCAUAUGCAUUAUAAUGCUUUCCAUGACAUUAGUCCUUACCUCUGCACUACCUCUAAAAGACAGCUGUGUGGUGGUUGGUCCAGAGAUCCCUGAUUUUCACGUUCAAGGAGAAGCGGUAAUCAUAAAAUUUCCAUUUCUUGAAGAUGCAAUUCAUUACAGGAAACUGCAAUUGGACAACAGCUCAACAUUCCAUAUUAAUCACACCAACCAGAGAAACCAUAGAAGUCUAAAGAGUUGUUGUGAUAGGGUGGUGCAGAAUGGGCGUGGCAUCUUGCUCCUCCCAUCACACCCUUCCGAUUCUGGAAUUUACACCUAUGUUUUAAGUGGAGACACAUACUGCUUGAUUGGGAAUAUUUCCAUAACCAUCUAUGAAUCCGAGGAAGCCAACAUCACUGUAAUGCCCUAUACCGCACACACAGGAGAGAAUACAAGAGUUAUUUGUCCUCAUUUGAAAUAUUUCAAAAGGGCAGAAAAUCCAAAAUGGUACAAGGAUUUUCAGAGCACAGCUCUCACUGUUGGUGAAGGACAGUACACAAUUGAAAGAGGAAUAAUACUGACCAUCAGAAACAUCUCUGUGAAAGAUGAGGGCUUCUACACUUGUAGACUAAAAGUGAUUCUUAACAAUAUCCAGUAUAAUGUGAGCAGAACUUGGAGAGUGUCAGUUUUAGAAGUUUCUAGCCCUUCUCCUGUAAUCUCUGAAAAUCCCAAAGUGUUUACAUCAUCAAGUUAUCUAUUUCCCUACAUUACCUUUCCUGUUGAUGGAUCCUUCAUUAAAAGUCAUUGUGGUUCACGGCUGGAGAUUCAGUGCAAAGUGUUCAUUGGGAACCAAUCAGCUGAGUUCACAGAUGUCACAUGGAUGAUUGGUGGCACAUCAGUGGAGAAUUCUUAUCUGGGUAAACGUGUCUUCCAGAAAGAAAAGAGAAUCUCAGCCAAUCAUAUUGAGGUGCAGCUGGUUAUCCUCAAGCUACAGAAGGAGGACAAUGGAGCUGAAUUAAAAUGCAUCAGUCAAAACCAGGCCAAAAAACAAGAAGUUGUCACUGAAAUUAAACUGGAAGAUUCGGAGUCUGUGUGGUUGGUGGUAGCUGUGGCCUUCUCCUAUUUUAUUCUAGUUGUGUUUAUAUUUCUGUAUCAUUUGUGUCAAAAGCCACAGAAACAACAGGUAUAUAUUCUGGCGCAACAAAAAAGCACAAUUUGAUGAUUCUAUACCAUUUGUAACUGUUGAUGAUUACUGUAAUCUUGAUCCGUUCUGUUGAAUUGGUCUUGUGUUUAUUUUAGGGCUGUCAAUCGAUUAAAAUAUUUAAUCGCGAUUAAUCGCAUGAUUGUAAUGAGUUAACUCGUGAUUAAUCGCAACUUAAUCGCACAUUUUUAUCCAUUAUAAAUGUACCUUAAAUGAAUACUUUUCAAGUUUUUAAUACUCUAAUCAACAUGGGCAUGGACAAAUAUUGAUGCUUUAUGCAAAUGUAUAUUGUUUAUUAUUAGUGAAACCGUACUCAACAUAGAGCAUGGAGACUAGACAUGUUUCAAAGGUCAUAGAUGUUUUUCAAAGAACUUGUACAUGUCUAUUAAACACAUGAAAAAAAACUGGAAAAACACAGGUUCCCAUUACUUUCUCUGCACUGAGCUAUUUACUUACACAGGCAUGUUUACAUUUUCGCAACUGUGAUAGCUCGGUGGAGGCUGUGUGCAAUGCAAGGCAUAUGCUCGAACGGAUGCUGCCUGGCCGCGGCAAUCAUGUUGCGUGCACUAUCGGUGGUCAGUGGGCUAAUUUUGAAUUCAAUAUUCCACUGUCUGGCUACCUGCAGAAAGUGCUCAGCGCAAACGUCAGCAUAGUGCCUCUCGUCUGUCUUCAUGACGGUCAAAGCGUGCGACCGUCGUUUCCAGUGUGUGUCAAAAUAAUGAGCCGUGACCCCCAGGUAGCUAUGGUUACUGAGGGAAGUCCAGUAAUCUCUGGUGAGCGCAACCGUGUUUGUCUGUCUUAUCGCCUCCUCGACUUUCGCUUUCUCCUCUUCGUAAGAGUCGUGAAUCUUGCUUGUAACAGUGGCUCUCGAAGGUAGUUCAUAUGUGUAAUCGUUAGAUGCGAUGCGAAUAAUUUCAAGUAGACCCUCGUCCUCCACUACAUUAACUGGCCUACAUGCUGUAGCCACCCAUUUAGCUAUCGAUGUGGGGAGUCUGUUGCUUGUGGAGUUGUCCAUCCGUCUCUGCUGAAAACAAUCUAGUGUGGUCUGCCGCGAGGAGGAGAGCUCUCUGCGUCAGUUGUAUGCUUCGCUUCAAGUGAUAUUUUAAACUCGACGUGCUGCGGUGAUAGCUUAAUUCACAUCGACAAUAAAUGCAGAUCACUUUAGUCUUGUCGACAGAACCAUCAGACAUCGUUUUAUAUAUGUAUUUUACGUUCAGAAGACCUAUUUAUUUCUCCAUUUCUGUUUGCUGCUGCAUCAUUUACUUUCUCAAACUACGGGCAAGGCCAAGGUUCAAACAGAAAAUGCGCGCUGCGUUAAUCGCACGUUAAUAAAAUUAGUGCCGUUAAAAGGAAUUUGCGUUAACGUGUUAUUAACGCGUUAAUUUUGACAGCCCUAGUUUAUUUUAAGGUUUAGUUUACUUUUCUUUUAGUUACAGUAAACCUUGAGGCCAUUUCCUGAUGUUUCUGCUGUUGUUGUACAGUAUAUACCCUUCUGUGUUUUGUAAGGUCUUUUCAUGUAAGGAUGUAGAUUUUCUUUUAUUUGGAUUCCUCAAGUUUACAGUUUUGCAUGGUUGUUAUAAUUAAUAAUGUUAUGUAUGCUGAUGAUUUAGUUGUUUUUUCUCAGAGUAGUGUUGGUUUUCAACAACUGUUAAAUAUAUGUUCUCAUUCUCGCAUUCGAUUUGAUGUGCAAUAACAGAAACAAGUGAUUAGAACCAAAAAAAUAAAGAACUUAACCGUUCAGAAUUGUCU